GUGGCCCUGCGCGCCAGCAACGGCCGCUACGUCUGCACCAAGAGGAACGGGCAGCUGGCGGCCGUCAGCGACGCCGUGGGGGAGGACGAGGAGUUCACCCUGAAGCUGAUCAACCGGCCCAUGCUGGUGCUGCGGGGCGAGCACGGCUUCGUCUGCUACCACCGCGGCUCCAACCUGCUCGACUCCAACCGCUCCGUCUACGACGUCUUCCACGUCGGCUUCAGCGACGGCGCCUACCAGAUCCGAGGCCAGGGGGGCAAGUUCUGGUACGUGGCGAGCAGCGGGGCGGUCUGCAGCGACGGGGACCUCUCCGAGGAUUUCUUCUUCGAGUUCCGGGAGCGCGGGCGCGUGGCCAUCAAAGGGAAGAACGGGCGCUACCUGCGCGGGGACCCGGCCGGCACCCUGCGGGCCGACAGCGAGUCGGUGCUGCGGGCCACCCUCUGGGAGUACUGAGCCACUGGGCACCGGGUGGCUGGGGCAUUGGCACCACGGUGGUCCCGAGCCCGCCCUGCUCCUGGGACCAGGGUGGCCGGGAAAACCUGGGCAGGUGGAGGACGGCGGCAGAGCCGAUGGUGGCGUCGUCUGUGGCAGCUGUGUCCCCGACCCCCUCUCGACUCGUGGCAUUAAAGUGCGUCUGGAUUGCACCAGGGCCAGGCCUCUUCCUUCACCGCCCGCAGCAAGGGGGCAGUGGGUUGGGAUCCUGCC